AUUUGAAUCCUGUCAAUAAUAAUCAUAACUUUUGUAAUAAUGAUCAUAAUAUUUCUUUGUAAUGUGACUAUAUAUUGCAGACAUUAGUAGUUAUAUAUUGUGUACUCCCUUGGAUACUGCCUUCUUGAUUUACCAGUCAGUUUGGUGUGCACCUUUUGGACUCUAAGUGACGCUGUUUAACAAGAAUACAAUGUCUACAUGAAAUCUCUCUGACGCAGUUCCGUGAUGUUCUUUGUAAAAUCACAUUGAAGCGGCUGCGAGGGAACAUCAGGAAACGUAUCUCAGAAAGAAACGGUGUUUUUUGGAUUCUAUCGGCUUUAUUUCUCGUUUCUAAUAUGCACAUUUGCAACAGUGGAUGUUAUUGAAUUGAGUUGGGAGGUUUUCUGUGUUUUUUCUUUCUUUUUGAAACUGUCCAUUUCUGAAAUGGAGAAUCAACAACCCCUCUGCAAAUGGCGUGUGCCUUUCGGACAUCCGCGGGUAAUGUUUCUUUUAUUCUUGUACUUCUUUAAUAUCGUCGCAGGGCAGAUCCGCUACACCAUACCAGAGGAAACGAAAAAGGGGUCUCUUGUCGGUAAUGUAGCUCAGGACCUUGGUUUGGAUCUGAAAAGGCUCCGUUCUGGCCGAGCCCGUAUCGUGACCGAAAGAAACAUCCAGUACACCGAGCUGAAGACAGACAAAGGGAUGUUAGUCGUGAAUGAGAGAAUAGACCGAGAGCAGCUUUGCGGGGACCUAACGCCGUGUAGUUUCAGCUUUGAAAUUAUUUUAGAAAAUCCUAUGGAGCUACACCACAUAACAAUCGAAGUGUUGGAUGUAAAUGAUCAUCCUCCGGUAUUCAAGAAGUCAAAUAUUAUGUUAGAUAUUAGCGAGGCAGCUAACGUUGGGGCACGAUUUGUUCUGGACAGUGCAGAGGAUCCUGAUGUUGGUGUCAAUGGCCUUCAUAAUUAUGCUUUAUCUUCAAACGACAACUUCGUUUUAAAGCAGCAUGUUAAUCCCGAUGGAAGUAAAUAUGCUGAGAUGGUACUUCAGAAGCAAUUAGACAGGGAAACGUUUCCUCAUCUCUCUUUACAGCUUAUUGCAGUAGAUGGUGGGAAUCCACAGAGAUCUGGCACCGUAAAUAUAAACAUAAUAGUUUUAGAUGCCAACGACAAUGCUCCCGUUUUUAACCAGUCCGUGUAUAAAGCUACGGUGAUAGAAAACGCAGUAAAGGGCACUUAUAUCGUUACUGUUAAUGCUACAGACGCAGAUAGUGGAUCGAAUGGUUACAUCACAUAUUCAAUGUCAAACGUGAGAAGCAAUAUCGCUGAUUUGUUGUCCAUAGAUGAGGUCUCUGGUUUAUUGUCGGUUUCGGGCCAAAUAGAUUUUGAAAAGGAUAACAAAUAUGAACUUAGAAUCGAUGCAAAAGAUCAGGGAGGUUUGAAAGAUUCAAGCAAAGUCAUAAUUGAAGUAACUGAUGUAAAUGACAACGCCCCUACGAUUAGCGUCAUGUCAUUCACUAGUCCUGUGUCAGAAGACUCUCCUCCUGGUACAACUAUUGGCAUUAUAAAUGUAAAAGACCUCGAUUCAGGAGAAAACGGACAAAUAAUCUGCAGAAUAGAACAAAAUGCACCUUUCAAGAUUAAAUCUAAUUUAAGAAAUUACUACACUUUAGUAACAGAUACUGUAUUAGACCGUGAAACUGUUUCAGAGUAUAACAUCACUGUUAUUGCGACAGAUUCAGGAAUGCCUCCUCUCUCAACUAAAAGAACAUUUUACUUAAAGGUCUCUGAUGUGAACGAUAAUUCUCCACUAUUUUCAGAAAGUGUUUACAAUGCGUUUAUUUUAGAGAAUAACUCUCCAGGGGUUUCCCUUCAUACUGUGAGGGCUAAAGACCCUGAUGAAAACCAAAACAACCGUGUAUCAUAUAUUCUGGAAGACAGUUAUAUUAGUGGGUCUCCAAUUUCUGAAUAUAUUUCUAUAAAUGCAGAAAGUGGAGUGAUUCAUGCAGUGCGCUCGUUUGAUUAUGAGCAAAUCAAACAGCUGCUUUUCGUUGUCAAAGCACAGGAUGGAGGCUCCCCUCCACUCAGUAGCAACGUGACUGUGAAAGUACUGAUCCAGGACCAGAACGACAACCCUCCUCAGGUUCUGUACCCAGUCCAGACUGGUGGCUCUCUGGUGGCUGAAAUGGUGCCUCGUUCAGUCGAUGUGGGCUAUCUGGUCACUAAAGUGGUGGCUGUGGAUGUGGACUCUGGACAGAAUGCCUGGCUCUCCUAUAAACUGCAGAAAGCCACAGACAGGGCGCUGUUUGAAGUGGGCUUACAGAAUGGAGAAAUAAGAACUAUCCGCCAAGUCACUGAUAAAGAUGCUGUGAAACAAAGACUGACUGUUAUAGUGGAGGACAACGGGCAGCCCUCUCGUUCAGCUACAGUCAUUGUUAACGUGGCGGUGGCGGACAGCUUCCCUGAAGUGCUGUCUGAGUUCACUGACUUUACACAAGACAAGGAGUACAACGACAACCUGACUUUCUACUUAGUGCUGGCUUUGGCUGUAGUUUCCUUCCUCUUCAUCACGUGUUUAGUUGUUAUUAUAUCAGUGAAGAUCUACAGGUGGAGACAGUCUCGCGUCAUGUAUCACUCCAAUCUCCCUGUGAUUCCGUAUUAUCCACCACGUUACUCAGACACUUUGGGGACAGGGACUCUCCAACACGUGUACAACUACGAGGUGUGCAGGACGACUGACUCCAGAAAGAGUGACUGUAAAUUCGGCGGAGCCGGUAGUCAGAACGUGCUGAUAAUGGACCCCAGUUCUACAGGGACGAUGCAGCGGAUACAGAGUGAGAAGAGCAUCCUGGAUGAACCAGACACUCCUCUAGAGGUGAGGAAGAAUAUUCAAUUGACUGGACAGGCUCGCUAUUCCGUUGCAGAGGAGCAGGGAGAGGGGUCUUUUGUUGGAAACAUCGCCAGAGAUUUAGGUUUGGAUGUGGCGAGGCUCGUUUCAGGUACAACUAUAGCUGUUAUUAACGUGGAUGACGAAGACUCUGAUAGUAACGGUGUUGUCAAGUGCUCCAUUAACGCGGACAUGCCUUUCAAAAUCGAGUCUUCUUUAACAGGAUAUUAUACCAUUGUAACCGAUAACUUCUUAGACAGAGAAACUAUUUCUGAGUAUAACAUCACCAUUACCGUCUCUGACCAAGGCUCCCCGCCUCUGACUAGCAGGAAACACAUUAAUGUAAAAGUGUCUGACGUGAAUGACAACCUUCCCACAUUUUACCAAUCAGAAUAUAUUAAGACUGUACCAGAGAAUAACUCUCCCGGGUUUUCUGUGUUCACUCUCAGUGCUAGUGAUGCAGACUGGGGACAAAACGCUCGGUUUUCUUAUUUCUUGGAGGAAAAAAUGAUUAAUGGAGCAGCUGUGUCUUCGUUAGUGUCUGUGAAUUCAGAAAGUGGUGUCAUUCACGCAGUGAGGUCGUUUGAUUACGAGCAACUCAAGUGGUUUGAAUUUAACGUAACUGCUCGUGAUGCUGGAUCCCCUCCUCUGAGUUCAGUGGCAAUAGUUAGAAUAGUAGUCCAGGACCAGAACGACAACCCUCCUCAGGUGCUGUACCCAGUCCAGACUGGUGGCUCUCUGGUGGCUGAAAUGGUGCCUCGUUCAGUUGAUGUGGGCUAUCUGGUCACUAAAGUGGUGGCUGUGGAUGUGGACUCUGGACAGAAUGCAUGGCUCUCCUAUAAACUGCAGAAAGCCACAGACAGGGCGCUGUUUGAAGUGGGCUUACAGAAUGGAGAAAUAAGAACUAUCCGCCAAGUCACUGAUAAAGAUGCUGUGAAACAAAGACUGACUGUUAUAGUGGAGGACAACGGGCAGCCCUCUCGUUCAGCUACAGUCAUUGUUAACGUGGCGGUGGCGGACAGCUUCCCUGAAGUGCUCUCUGAGUUCACUGACUUUACGCAAGACAAGGAGUACAACGACAACCUGACUUUCUACUUAGUGCUGGCUUUGGCUGUAGUUUCCUUCCUCUUCAUCACGUGUUUAGUGGUGAUUAUAUCAGUGAAGAUCUACAGGUGGAGACAGUCUCGCGUCAUGUAUCACUCCAAUCUCCCUGUGAUUCCGUAUUAUCCACCACGUUACUCAGACACUUUGGGGACAGGGACUCUCCAACACGUGUACAACUACGAGGUGUGCAGGACGACUGACUCCAGAAAGAGUGACUGUAAGUUCGGCGGAGCCGGUAGUCAGAACGUCCUGAAAAUGGACCCCAGUUCUACAGGGACGAUGCAGCGGAUACAGAGUGAGAAGAGCAUCCUGGAUGAACCAGACUCUCCUCUAGAGGUGAGGAAGAAUAUUCAAUGUGUUUACUCCUUAAUGUAUUGCUUCUCUAAGUUCAAGUGA